UGGAUGAUGUGGUACUGAGGACAGUGAGAGGAGAGUGGAAGAGAAAAACAGGGUGAAGGAAGAUUUUAAAAACACUCAUUAAACAAACGAAGCACGCGGCGAGACGCACGGCUGACUGAGAUGGACUCGAAGACACUGAGACAAACUUGGGAUUAUCAGUAAGGGAUCAUCAGAAGAGGAGUUUCUCAAACAUGGACUAGUCUGGGAGCGUGCACAUAUAUAGACAAACACACACUCACCCUCAUACAUUCGCACACUCUGUUCCCUCGUGAGAGGCCUUGGAAGCGGACAGGUGCCAUUAUGCAGGAGUCUCCAGGUGCGGUUGGUGUGGAUGGCAGCUACACUAGUAAUGUUCCAGCCUUUCUAACUAAGCUGUGGACCCUGGUUGAGGACCCAGACACCAACCACCUUAUCUGCUGGAGUGCCACUGGGACUAGUUUCCAUGUGUUUGACCAGGGUCGCUUUGCUAAGGAGGUUUUGCCCAAAUAUUUUAAACACAACAACAUGGCAAGCUUCGUCCGGCAACUCAACAUGUAUGGUUUUCGUAAGGUGGUAAACAUCGAGCAGAGUGGUUUGGUGAAACCUGAGAGAGACGAUACAGAGUUCCAACAUCUGUACUUCCUCCAGGGACAUGAGCACAUGCUGGAACACAUCAAAAGAAAGGUGUCCAUAGUGAAGAGUGAAGAGACUAAAGUUCGUCAGGAGGACCUCAGUAAGCUGCUGUACGAAGUCCAGCUUCUCAGGACACAACAGGACAACAUGGAGUGUCAGAUGCAGGACAUGAAGCAGCAGAAUGAGGUGCUGUGGCGGGAGGUGGUGUCACUGAGACAGAACCACACGCAGCAACAGAAAGUCAUGAACAAGCUGAUUCAGUUUCUGUUCAGCCAGAUGCAGUCCAACACACCCAGCACUGUGGGCCUAAAGAGAAAGCUGCCUCUGAUGUUGGACGAUGGCUCUCCCAGCCCUCCUGCCUCCAAGUUCAGCCAUAGUCACCAGAUGGAAGCCAUCCACGAGCCCUUCUACAUCCAGUCGCCAUCCAGUGAUACUGCUUCCUGCUCUGCUAGCGGACUUGCAGGAGGACCGAUUAUAUCCGAUGUUACUGAUAUGUCUCAGGCGAGCAUGGCUCUGCAGAUGCAGCCUGAUGAGACUAGGGAGAAGUGCAUGAUGCUGAUCAAAGAGGAGCCUGUGAGUCCAGGGGUACGAGGGGGAGGAAAAGGAAGCAGUGUACCGGGAGGAGAGGCUGUAGCGUUGACCUCCCCCUGUGAGGUGUGCUCCUCUGAACCACCUGUCCUUCCUGUUGCAAUGGUCCAAUCUGUUCUGGAGGGGAGGGGCUCUGUAGGCUCCAUGCUGGAGAGGAGGAGCAAGAGACCUGCUCUGGAGAGAGCUGAGGUUGCAGACACAGUGGAGAAUGUGGACAUGAGUCUGGAGGAGCUGCAGCAUCUGCUUCUUAGGAGCCAUCAGCAGAACGCUGUGGAAGCUGGGACCAGUGCUGUCAUGGAUCCUUUCAGUCUAAGUCUGCCUCUGACUGAGUGGAACUUCACAGAGAUGGAGUCCAACCUCAAACCAUACAUGUUCCAGAACCAGGAAGUCGAGGCUUUUCCAGCCGCUGGCUGUGAAGAACAGUGAAUUUGUGCCGUGAAUAGUCCUUUCUGAGGCGAAAGGUCACAGACGCUGCUGUUACGCUUUGUACUCCAGUGGGCACCAGUUUGAGCCCCAGGCCCUGCCAGGCUAUUUCCUACACGUGACUUUGAUUUUAUUCUUUAUACAUCCACAUGCCUACAACAGAAAAAGGUCUCUGCAGUCUUUUUGAUCAAAGCUUUUACUUCCUGGUUUUUUGACUUCAUCGGAUCUAUCAGCUGUCUGCUCUGUGGGCGUGAACGAUACCCACAUGGCGAAAAAAGAUGUUAGUGACUAUGAUUUUCACAGUUAACCAAUCACAGAAGAGCAUUACGACAGCCUUACAUCUAGACUCUGAUAUUAAGCCGGAUGGAUGCAGACGGUGCAUUCUUGGCUCCUGCACUUUAGUCUUUGUGUGAGAGGGAGUUCCUGCUUGGAGAGGUGACUUUUUCUUCCUAUAAAGAUUUCACGACAGAUGAAUAUUUUUUAUUAGUUUAUCCUUAUUAAGAAUAUGAUGUAUUUGUAUCAAAGAAGAAACUUUGGCAGAUUUUAUGUGAUUUUCUCAGUCUGUGUAGGAGUGUAGAUUUUGAGGUAUACUUUAGGCAUUUGAAAAAAAGCAUAUACUUCAGAGAGAUAAGCGUGUUAGCGUUUCUAUCAAGCUGUGUUAAAAUCCAUAAAGAAGGCUCUCUGAAAUCUAUUGCAGUAGAAGGUAACACCCAUCUUUGCACAGUCCCAACGUGAAGCCUGGGAUUCGAUUCUUUCUCUUCUGUCUGAUUUAAGUGUUAAGUUUUAAUAGACAGAUUCUCAUUUGACAAAAUCUACACUGGACACUACGGCAUAUUUGCACAAUCGGUAUAUCUAGUCAUUUAUCUCUAGUUACAACAGUGGGUCAUUGAUUUCCUGUUUGUAAAUAGCCAGCACUGGGUUGCUCAGUAAAUGAAUGACAGCAUUUUUAAACCGUAAUCUUUCAUCUUGGAGACGAGUGGUCACACAGUGUUGCUGCACUUGUAUCUGUGCUCAGUGCUACACAUGCAUAAAAACCAAAGUCAGGACAGGGGGCUACGCCAAAACCACAAGGAGAAGAAGAAUUCGUCAGCUGUCCAGGAGCCGGUGUUUACUUUCACUUUGUUUCACUGAAUGUACGGUGGGGUGAUUACUUGAUAAUUGAAUCUUUUACCUGCUUGAAGGAAUGCGUCUUAUUUACUCUGGAUAACGACAGUUUAUUAAUGAUUAUGCCGUUGGACAUCGAAUAUUAGUCCUCACCACUGUUUGGAGGCAGUAGAUGAACUUGAAUUGUGCAAUACUGUACAGAACUGUGAGAAACUGCAAUGACCAUAGGAAUGUAGAGAGCAGCAGCUGUAAGUGGUGGACUGGAAAGCACCAUAGAAAGAUGCACUGCAGAAGGAUAAUGUUAGCUUGUGAGCCUAAAAGCCCCGCUAUUCAUACAGAGUCUGACAAAAGCUUCAAAUUUUAGUAGCAUUAGUGAGGAGGUCAGCUGCAGCACUGCCUGCAGCAAGGCCACGACCAACAUCGUGCUGCAUCGUGUAGCCGCGCCUCAGUACCUCGGCGCUUAACCAAAAUCACGACUUGUGCAGAAAAUCUGCAGCUUUUGCCCACAAUGUGAAGCUGACCAUCAUGGUUUUUUCCCCAUAUAUACAUAUAUAUGUAUGUAUAUAUGUUUUUUUUACAUACACAAACAUAUACACUUGCAGGCUAACAUUUGAUUAUUUCAUUCUCCAUGCAGCUUUUGGAAAAGGGACGGAAAGCAAGUUGUGGUGUAAACAAAUGAAAUUGCACUAAAAAUGACAGUUGUAUGAUAUUUGAGAGUACACAGUACAUUUUAGACAUAGCAUUUAUUUGUGUUCCUCAUAAUAAAUAUGAGUGUAAUUACUUUUUUCCAAGGAGUGAUGAAUACAUGCAUUCAGCUGCUGUUGUGUUCUUAAUUUAUUCCGUUUUCCACUUUUAAUCAUUUGCACUGGAAAUGAUCAAACUGUGUGUUCAGAUGACAUUAUGCCUGUCGGGAUUGCAGACAGAUAAAUAAGUAUUGAUGUUCAACGAGUGAAAAGAUCUCUGCUGUAACAAAGCCUGGCAUCCAAAAGCACCUCUGCACACUGAAUGGACUCUAAGAAAUGUGCAUAGAAACACACAUCACGUAUAUUAAAGCAGAAAAUCCUGUCGACACCGGCUGUCAGUGAAGACAAAGACAUGAUCUCAGUGCUUAGAUGCUUUUGAAAGUGGGCCGCUGAAAAUGUGAAUUGUUUUAAAUGGAUUUUUAUUUUUAAAGAAUAAAGUGUAUCGUUACAGGGAGUCAAAGAAACUGAACAUGUAUUCCACCUGUGUGUGAAAUAUUUAAAUGGAUACUCCAAAUAAAAAUUCAUAAU